AUAUACUUCAUUUGAAAUGGAUUCUGUGAUUCAUCAUUCGGCAUUGUUUUCAACUCUUAUAUACACAUGGCUGCUUAUUUUAUCAAUAAUAAUAAAAUGGUAAAAGCAACGGCUAUAGUAAUAGAUGAUAAUUGGAUGGUCAAUUGAUUUUUAUCACAAUUAUAUUAAAAUUUAAAUCAAUAAAUUCGGCCAAAUAAAAAAAGGAGUUUUUGUAGAAAUAUUCAUGAUCACACACACACACAUCUGCAGAUACAUAAGACCGAAAUGGUGGUAGAAGCAAACCUAAUAGUUAAUGAAAAUGAACUCUCUCUUUCAGAAAAAAAAUCAGCUGAUUGUCAUCAAAUUUAUUGAACUUGGCAUCCAAUUUUUUUUCAAUCCAUCCAAUCAUCAUCAUCAUCACAUAUUUAAUAUUCUAAUCGAAUACUUGAAUCUCAUUUUUUUUACUUCUCUCUCUCUCUCUUUUCUGUCUUGGAUUACUUGGUUUCGCUCUUCAGACAAUUUUUUUUCUUCUCCAUUCUAACAUUUCAUCAUUCAAUCUCAUUUGUCCACCACCAAAAUCAUCAUCAUUAUCAUCAUCAUCAUCAUCAUCAUCAUCAAGAUCACAAUGGAUAAUAAUGUGCUAAACUUGUUGCUGGCAAAAUAUUCAGAACACAUAAAUCAGUUGGAUUCAAAUACAUUCCAAAAGUUGUUCAAGCUGGUAUUUGAACAUUUUCAUCAUUGUAUCACGAUCAACAUUGGUCGCGGAAAUCAACUCGUUAGUGAUAAUAAUCAUCAUAAUCAACAACAACAACAACAACUUGCUUUCACUCAUUCGGACCUUACACUUUCUACAUUAACUACUGUUGGUGUUAGUGGCGAUCAUCAUCAUCAUCAUCAUCAUUAUAAUAAUAAUGAUGAUGAUGAUAAUAAUAAUGAUCAACUUGGAAAACUUCUUCAAAAUUCUACAUUAGCCAAUAUUGAUAACAUUAAUAUUAUUGCCAAAUCAUUAUUGAAUUUAUAUUAUGAAUGUGCUCGAUCAAAUGCUAAAUCUAGAACGGUGAAAAAUAUUCUUACUGAAGCCGGUUGGUCUGAAGAAAAGCAAACAAUUUUCAUUGAACAUUGGCAUCAAAAUGCAACGGAAAUUUUCGAUAUUCUCAAAACAAAAUCAUUCAAUUCAUCGGCUGAAUAUUUAUUGAAAAAUGUUGAUCGUAAAAUCAAAAUUCUAACUGACCAUUCAAAUACAUCGAAACCAAAAUUACCAUUGGGUGAAAUUAAUUUCGAAUUCAAUGAUAGCCAUAAUUUAACAUUGAAUUUUAAUCAUUCUGAAUUGUUAAAUUUUUAUGAUCAAAUCGAACAAAUUCAGAAUAAAAUCGACAAACUUUAUAAAUAAUUAAAAUAUUUUUGUUUGUUGUUGUUUUCAUUCAAUUCAA